GUUUAUGUGGCUGUCUGUCUUAAAAUACUAUAUUCUUUCUCGCGGUUUAUUGCUUUGUAUACCGUAGUUUUUGGCCCUGAUGCCAGCAAUAUUCAUGUUGGACAUAACUCCCAUUCGCCUUUGUUGAUUUCGAGCCCGCUUCUGAAUAGUACCAUAUCUUGCUGUCCUGUUCAUGGGCCACUCAUCUUCCAAGGAGGCGCCCCAGGAGCCUCCAGCUUCUCGAAAGCUGUCAAAACCUCCGAUGAGGAGGUCCUCGUCCGACAAACCACAUUCAAAAACAAACAAGCCUCAUGGCGAUGUCAGUCGUAAUAGUGCCCCCGUACUAGACGAAUCCAUGAUGUGGAAGAGUCCAUGGACGGGAGAUCUUUUACCUAAAACACAACCCGAAAUACAUAACUAUGACCGGAACAGAGUGCGAUCUUUCCCAUCAUUUUCUGUCUUGCAACGAGGACCAUCUCUAUCAAGCAUCGGAGGCAACCGCCGAUCAACUGGAGAAGAUUUUCCUAUGAAACUUGAAAGUCCGGUAUCACCAUCAGAUUCUUAUGUCUCGAGAAAGCUAUCUAGAAAAUCAUCAAGGGUCCAGGCCCCCACCCAUCAAACCCACCUACGAGCCCCGUUGCUUCGAGAAACACGCAAACGAUCUACAUUUUUCUUUGCAGAAUCUGACAUCCAGGAGUCUUUUCUUGAUAAUAUUACAACAGAAGACACUACUCCAGUCACGGUUUCAAACCCUCCUUCGAUGCGCCGUAGGUCAUCUCAGGCGCCGCGUAUUUCGAUUAGAAUCCCGCAAAAAAAGCCGAACCUACAAGAACAUAGAUUGAUUGAACGGAAUGAACAAGUCACAUGCUUAUCCACGACCAUCCCCGCUUCUCGGUCGUCACACUGGCCUUUGCGUGAAUUCGAUGAAGAAUGGGAGUGUCCGCGACCCUACGCAUUUCAUGGGAGAUCAAUAUCCCCAGUUGCACUGGAUUAUUCUCACUUAGGAGGGCUCAAAAGAGGUUCAUUGCGGAUUGUGAAUCGCUCAACAUCUCCAGCAAAUAGUGAUCGAAACCGUAGUAAGGCAAGAUCGACAGAUUACUCGGCCAACCAUCCUCAAAGCAAGGAUGAUUCUCUAGCCAGUGCCAACAGUUCAUUCAAAGUGCUGGGGGAUGUUUCUUUCGGCAACAAGGACAACAUUUCAGACUGUCCCAUGUCUGUGGAACAACUUCUCGGCAUUGAUAAGAUAGCCUAUCCAAGUCAAUCAUUGAAUCAUGUUCGUCCAAUUGAAUACAACGGCCUGCAUGAAAAUGGCUUCAAAAGUGACGCUCGAGCUUAUUCUAACUCGCGCAAUUCUCCGAGACGACACGAUGCGGUCCCAUCUAUGGGAGUUGAUAUACCCGAGAGAAGAGACAAGUUUACAGGCCAACCAGACAGUGGGUACAGUUCACUCGGUUCAUUAAACUCAGAUAAUUCUUCGAGCACGUCCAACUCUCCACCUCAAAAUUCCCACCUGAGCAAGCAUAGACAGAGAAGCAGGAAACAUGAUUCUAGAAAUACCAAGCGUCGUUAUGAGCUUCGAUACAAGUCCGCACAAAACAUUCACCACGCAAAACAAUCAGAUAAAGACAUCUCUUCGCUGAGAGAGCUUCAGUCCUCGGACUCUGAAAAGAGCAGGGACCAGGAAAGGGAACAUAAUUAUCAUGCACAACAAAACCGAAAGUUUUCCGGCUUUCCUCGAUAUUAUGCCAAUCUCGGUCCCGCAUCUGUUCCACCUGUACCAGAUAAAGUCACUGUUCAGAGGUUGGACAGUGAUUCAGAGUUAUCAAGUCACGAGGAAGACAGUAUCAUGUCGACACCUAAGCGUCGUCUCUCUGCAAGUCAUUUGAAGCGUGUUCUAGGUACAAAAUCCUAUAGUGAUUCAGAAGUAACUUUCCACUCAGCCGAUUUUUACACUACCAGAAACGAGCGUGCAACCUCCAAGAAUCGCCAUCACCAAAGGAGCAGCUCGAACUCUGUAGUCAAGUCACAGCCGAGAUCAUACUCUGAGCCGGGCCCUGAAUCACGUCGUCAACAUCGUCAUAGUGAAAGCUAUACCUUGAAGAAGCAGCAUGAUUACCAGGAUGCGAUUCCUCCCGUGCCUCAGAUUCCAAGUGCUUUUGAAGGCCAUCGAAAACCACCAAGGCCACACUUAUCUGCUUCGCGCGAUAUGAUGGAACCGGAUCUUCCUCGGGGUCGUACUCGAUCCCGCAGUUUUAAUCAGUCUCGCCCUAAAUUGACCAAUGCUCGACAAGUCUCUGUACAAAAGGUUACAGUGCCUGUACAUGUUGUUAACAUCUGAUGACUAUGACAUUGCGAACGUGUCGUUGUGCUUUUUAUACACUAGUUGU